AUGUUACUCUUGUGGAGUUCGUUCGUGCGAACAUCAAGGCGGACAGUGGAGACAGGCGCUGUCGUUGCUGAGAGAGAUGCAGGAGAGGCGACCUUCGAACCGGGCGUCGUUGGCUACGGCGCCGGGAUCCGGGCGAGCGGGAGAGGCAAGCAGUGGCAGAGGGCGCUGUCCUUAUUCGCCCAGGCGCGGGGCACCGGGCUGGAGCUGGACACCGCCAUCUACAAUGCCAGCAUCUUCGCGUGCACGACACAGCACGGGCAGUGGCGGCGGGCGCUGUGUCUGCUCGGUGAGAUGUGGGAGGCCAUGAUGGAGCCCGACGCCAUCGACUCUGCAAGGAGCUGCUCGUCGCAGCGCGUGCGAGGGUGGGGGAGGAGGAGGCAGGCACGCGUAGACACGCUAACGGCGAUGUACGCAACGGCGAUGUAG